CUUCUUCUCUCCCCUUUGUUUUCAUCUCGUUGCUGAUCGUAAUGCUAUUUGAUUGCUGAAUUUGAAGACUGAAGCAGGAAAUUUGCAUCUAUCCCAUGGAUUUAACCAUUUCUUUAACGCUCAUAGAAGGUUUCUUGAUCUUAUUGGCUAUAGCAACUAAUAAAGUUAUCAGAUUUAUCUCUCCUUCAUCACUUCAUGUUAACCAUCCUGCUGCUGUUAAAGAGAAUUUCAAAGGUGAUGCUGUUUCAGUUUCAAAGGUUUCUCCUCCUCCUCUUCCUCCUCAUAUUGCUGCUGCUCCUCCUGCCACCAAGUAUGAUGUAUUUCUUAGCUUUAGAGGGGAAGAUACUCGUCACAAUUUUGCAACUUAUCUCUAUGAAGCACUUUGUAAAGCAAAUAUUCAAACUUUUAUGGAUCACAAACUCCACAAAGGAGAAGAUAUCUCGCCGGUUCUUCUAAAGACCAUAGAUGAAUCAGAGAUGCCUGUCAUUAUUUUCUCUGCAGAUUAUGCUUCUUCAACUGGGUGUCUAGAUAAACUUGUUCACAUGUAUAAUGUUCCUGAAAAUGUCGUAAACUUCAUGGCUCCUGAGUCUAGGAAUCUUCCACUUAUGGUUUCUAAACUUUUUGGAGAUUUGUUCGGGUUAAAGUCACAGAGAUUAUCUAUUGGGACAAUAUAA